AUGUCUUCUACUGUCUCUUGUUUGCAGACACGCUUAUCCGCAACCAAUGAUAUUUACUGGGGAGAGUAUUCUGGCUGGUAUGCAAGACGGGAUGAAGCCUUCUAUGCUGAUCAUGAGGUUGUUUCUAUGGCCGAUUUUACGGCCCAUGGUGGUAACAGCUGUAGCCAUGUUCCUUCUCUGGCUCACUUAUCUGCCAAACAUUUGGUAAUGCAGGGUCGAUCUACUUCAUCGGAGCUAGCGAGCCAAAUGGUGUCCCGAGACACAGGUGCCCCCGUCGAAUGGUUACAGGAGGAGACAUGUUUUUUUCGACUAACCUCUUACCGAAAUCGCCUGCAUGCUUGGCUGGACUCAGGAGUGUUUUCUGCGAAUUCAUCUAGUCAAGCAAUGUGGAAAAAACGAGCCCACGAAUUAGUCGACAGCUCUGGCGAUCUCUCUGUCUCGCGGCCCAAUGAUCGCCUCAAUUGGGCGCUUUCUGUUCCGGGCACAAAUGGCAAACACAAGGUAUUGUUAUUUGCCACAAUUCGAUCUUCAGCCAAUCUAUUCUGA